GCCAGCACUGAGCUCAGAGUUUCCAUCAGGAGCACUCGCUUCCCACGACAGCAGCAGCAGGGAGCACAGCCCUGUCCUCCCAGGGUCCCAGCAGGCAGCACUGGGAGGUUGCUCCUGCUCGCUCUCGGCAGGAUGUGUGACCACACUGGAUUUUGGAAGGGGAAGGGGGGGAGAAGGGGGGCAAGCACUGCCACAGGGUUCUGAUGAAAAGGAUAGGGUAUCCUGUCAAAAAAAGUGGAGGGGCUGCUGCCCCCCCCAAGACAGCAGCCACCCCUCUGUGCAAUGCUGGAAAAGCCAGCCUGGUCUGUGCCAGCUCUCCCUGGGGACCCGUGUCUCCCUGCAGCCUCUGUAGCUGGGGAGGAGCACAGCCAUAAUGUUGCCAAGAGUAGGAUGUGCCCUCGGCCAGGGCUCAGAGGUCCAGGGAAUACCCAGUGCCUGUGGGAGCAAGGGACAGGCACUGUGCAGGACCCCAGCUCAGGACCCAUUCCUGCCCUGCAGAGCCAGCGAGAAGCUGAGUCCUUUUGGCACAGGAUGGCACCAGGGCAAGGGGCUGCUUCUGGCUGCAGGGCACGGGGGGUGUGCAUGGCCAUCCAGGCUGCGCUCUGCGAGGCAGCGGCGGGGCACCGACAGCUGGUGCUGCAGUUGGGGGGCAGUGCUGAUGGCCCCCAGCUGCGCGAGGAACGGCACAGGAGGAGCGUGGAGGUGCGAGAGCUCAGUGUUGGGCUGCAGAGUGCACUGCUGGCAUGGCUGCAGCAGGCUGCGGGCCCCCAGGAGCGGCGAGAGCUGGAGCGGCUGUGGGUGCUCUUCCUCUCUGCCCUGGAGCUCUUCCUGCAGGACCUGUGCUGUGCCCACCGCCUCUGCUGCACCUUCUCCCCAGGGGUGGGUGGUGUGACACCACUGUGCACUGGGCUGGGGGGGUGGCGAGGUGGGGGCCCCGAGCUGCCCCCAGCCCCCCCGUGCCUGGAGGAGGAGAUGGAGCAGGUGAGGGCAAUGCUGGUGGAGAUGGAGAGCACGGCCAACAUCCCACUAUGGACGGUGGAAUCCACGCAUGUGGUUGGGCCAGGGGAGGGCACAGCCCCCACGUCCCACAGGCCAGGGCCUGGCACUGGGUCCUGCUGUAGGGUGCUGUGAGCUGGGGGCAGGAAGUGCAGGGCUGACUUGGCUCAGGAGGAUGGGACCCCAUGUGCCGCCUCCCGCAGGGCGGUAAUAAAGCCCCGCCAUUACCUGA